AUGGUUGCCGCGAUUAUACCAGUUUGGAAACAAAAUUUUGGUACAGAGAUUUCAAGGUUGGAGAGGGCUCUUUUCAAGUACAAAGUGGUGUCGAUUGACACCGAAUUUCCAGGGUUUAUUCGCAAUACACCGAGGGAUGGGUCGGAGACAGAGAGAUACAAAGACUUGAAAUUUAACGUUGAUGCUCUCAAAUUGAUACAAUUGGGUAUCACAUUGUCGGAUGAGAGGGGCACUAUUUUUGGGACAUGGGAAUUCAACUUUUGUUUCGAUCUUGGCGAGGAUUUGUAUGUUUUGGAGUCGGUUGAAUUCUUGAAAAAGAAUGGUUUGGAUUUUGACAAACAUGCAAGGGACGGCAUUCACAUGUCUGGGUUUGCCAAGAUUUUUACGGCUGUUCUUGCAAAACACAGGGACUUGUUCUGGGUUACUUUUCAUGGCCUGUAUGAUCUAGCUUAUACACUGGGGUUGAUCACGAUGGCUCCAUUGCCAAAUUCAGUUCUAGGUUUUACCACCCUUCUUGGCAGUGUAUUUGGCAGAGUUGUUGAUGUUAAGUACAUGGCUAGAUUCUGUAAAGGCCUCUGCGGUGGUGAAUUGGGUUUGUCUAAAUUGGCUAGCAUCUUGAGGAUUGAGAGAAAGGGUGGAGCACACCAAGCAGGAUCAGAUAGUUUAUUGACCGCCCUAGUGUUUGCCAAAAUCAAUAUGGUGUUUCCAAUUCACCAAUUACUCUACCUGGGUUCUUUAUAUGGAAUUCAACCUCGGAUUUCUCCUACAAUAACACCACCUCCUCUCCCAAGCUGCUGCAUCCCCCAAAUCAAUAAUGUUCCACCGUUUCUGUAUGGGAUGGCACGCAAUCAAGAUUUUAUGUAUUAUAUUCCCACUUGA